AGCAUAUGCGUUAUCAGUUAAGCCGCAAACAAAACUAAUUGUAGGUAAAUACAAGUUAAUUUACCCGGUCACGGUUGUUUUUAAAAAAAACAAUUUUUAUCCGGUGAACGGUCUUUAUUUGUUGAAACUUAAUUUACAACUGACUUAAAAAUUAUUCUUAGUUCUAAUACUAAAGCUAAGCCCGUGUGCCAGCAACGUGACCCAUUCUUUGCUGAAUAGGCGUUUCCCACGGAAACGCCAAUCGCUGCUCUGGUAUCUCUUGAAAAGCGUUGCGCGUGUGGAGUGUUGGGUUACCGUCAUACUUUGGUUGAGGUGUGUGAACUGUUGCAUUAGUUAAAACGUUGCGCAUGUGGGGUGUUGGGUUACUAUCAUAUUUUGGUUGAGGUGUGUGAACUGUUGCGUUAGCUUACACAAGUACUUGCGAGUACUACAAGUAAGCAUGUAAGUUAUAUGUGGUUCACUUUCCCUCUGGAGCAGUGAUGAUGCCUUGGUCCAGCGGCGGGUGUUGCUGACACGUCUCAGCUACUUCUUGAUUCUAAUUAGCUUUAGGAUGUUUAGGUUGGGAGACUUGACUUCGUCCCCUUUGUUGGACUAUUGGCCUUGUGGCUCAACAGUGUAAAUCAAUACAUCAAAUAUUAACGGCGGCGUGCCGGAGUAAAGUCAAUCGUUCUUUAUUAAACAAUUGUCUGGACAAAACUGAUUAUAAGAAUGGAAAGAAUAAAAGACUAAAGCUAAGUACAUAAAUGGAAAUAUGAAUCUAAACCUAAAUACAUAAGAAGUACAUAAAGAUCAUGCCAUGGGUUUGUGGUCUGUAAAACCGACUCAGCAUAUUUCCGAUCAGAAUUCCAACGCUUGCGACACAACAGAAACGGCUGGCCGUUGCUCCGACUCACAUUAUUUUGUUUAUGUUGCAUAUGUGGUCGGGUUCAGCGACAUUGUUUGCGCGAGUUAUGGUUUCUAUAGACUCCCCAGUUAUGGUUUCCGUCUAUUUUUUGAAACCUCGAGUUGCGGCCAUAACCCCUUUUAAUAUCCUUCCUCUAAAUAAUAAAUACUUUUUAUUAAGUUUAUGGAAACUUUUAUUGCAAAUUUAGAUUACGGAGUUUCUGCGACUUUUGCCAGUCGCCCUUCGCGGUUCAGCCACAACUGGCUUUUCUUAGAUCUUUAGGUCUUAAAUAUAGCCUUAGUAUAUAAGUUAACGGGAGUUAUUGCUAAAUUAAUAUUACAAGCUCAGCAAACAAAUUGUGCCAAUUCUUACCAGUUGGCGGAAGUUAUGUCGAUUCUGGGGAAUUGUUUACCAGUCGACGGAAGUUAUUAUUAACAAUAAAAAUUGUGCCAAUUCUGAGGAAUUGAUAUUAAAAGCUGGUUGUUGCAAAAUAGAAAAUAAGAAUAAACAAAAAAAUAAAAUUGCUGAAUUGCACUUUAGCUCUUAAGUUUCAUUAUUGUAAAAUUAAUUAAUAAGUUUAGUUCCAAUAAAGUGUUCAAAUAAGAACAACGUCUUCGAACAGAAGAUAAUUUAUUUUUUUAACUAAAAAGUAAUAAUUGGAAUUAACUGGCGCCCAACGUGGGGCCCAGCAGGAUAAUCGUAUUAAAAAAAUAGUAAUUUUUUAAAAAGAAAUUAAAAAGUGAGUGUGUAAAAUAAAAACCUCCAUAGGAGCCAUUACAUCCGACUACACUUAAAAAUUUGUUCCUGACUGGGUUCCAAAGAACAACACCAAUAACCCAUCGCCGUCCUUUUCUUGUGAAGUGUGUACCGAAGGCCUGAGUCACCCGUUCGUGGGAUAAAAAGGAACAACUGGAGUCACCAACUAAUCACCAAUUAGGAGAACGCGAUGCUGAUGUUAUUAUUUCUGUUGCCAAUGCUGAGAGCAGAGGUUCAAAUACAUAACUACACUGACUCCUACGUUGUAACUAUAGCCAACGGCUACGGGAAAAUUCAGGACGGAAGUUUUAAAUUCAUACAUCCAAUUAAUCUUGAAUCAUAUUAUGACUGUUUGUAUAACACAAAAAAAUACGUCGAUAAAAAUAUUUUAAAGACAAAUCCAUUAUAUCCAACCAUGUAUCUUGAACUAAAUCAAAGCUUGGAUCUGUUGGCGACUCUUAGGAUAUUGACACCACAAAGGAACGUCAGAUCAAUAGAUACUUUAGGAAAAAUUUGGAAGCUCAUUGCAGGAUCACCCGACCAUGAUGACGCUGAACUUAUUUAUAAGACACUAAACGAAAUAGCUGACAAUACUGAGAAGCAAAUGAUAAUAAAUACGGAUUUCGCUAACAGACUGAACAACAUUACAGGCUUGGUAAAUGAUUUUUCAAAUGCAAUAAGAAAGGACGAAGCAUUUAUUAAUGAAGAAAUAGAAAUUUUAAGAAAUAAAGUAAGAUUGAUAAAAGAAACAAUUGUUAAUAUAAAGUAUGCCAUACAAUGGGCUAAAAAUAACAUUAUAAAUUCAUUCCUAUUAAAUAAAGAAGAGAUGACUAUUGCUAUAGAAAAAUUGAAAAAAGAAAACAUGCCCUUUAACAAUAUAGAGGAAGCUUUAGAAUUGGCAAAUGUUAAUAUAUUAAGUAAUAACACAAACCUCUUAUACAUAAUUAAAAUUCCUUUGACAAAUCCUAUUUUAUAUAAUAAUAUUAUUGUAAAACCAAUUAUUAAAAAUGAUUCUAUUAUAAAUUUAACUUUUAAACAAAUGUUUGUAGGUGAAAACGAAAUAUAUGCAAUAAAUAAUAAUUGCUUAAAAUAUAAUAAAAUUGAAAUUUGUAAAAGAAAUCAAAUUAUAGAUCUAAGUAAAGAUAAAUGUAUUAAAAAUAUCAUGGCUAAUCAAAGACCAACUUGCACAACCAGUAAUAUUCACCAUGUUCAACGCAUUGAAGAAAUAUCAGAAGGACUUAUUCUUCUCAAUAAUGUAAACGAAACUAUAAGAACAGAAUCCAUGAGAUAUGAGCUAAGUGGAACCUUCCUUAUAAGAUUUGACAACACUACAAUAAAAAUCAACGAAAAAGUAUAUAAGAAUCUGGAAGCAUCUUAUAUGACGCCUAUACCCGCCAUAAUACAAGAAUCUCCAAUAGAAGAGAAGAGACUUAACCUAUUAUCUCUAGAGUCACUUCAAGAACUACAUUUAAAGAACAUAAAAAUAAUUCAUAGAAUACGAAGAGAAACAUGGGUAUCUAAUGCUACUAUCUCUAUUGCUUUUCUUAUUACACUUAGUUUAACACUUUUGGCUAUUAGGAAAGCAAAAAAUAAAAAAUUAUUAACCACAGUAAUCGUGAAUCCCGAAACAGAGAUACCAGCCCCAAAAGACAUUAGUCCAACAUCAACAGCAAGAUUACAUAAUCUACCUUACUUUUAAAGCGCUCGUGGACGAACGCAUUUAAGGGUGGAAGAGUUAACGGGAGUUAUUGCUAAAUUAAUAUUACAAGCUCAGCAAACAAAUUGUGCCAAUUCUUACCAGUUGGCGGAAGUUAUGUCGAUUCUGGGGAAUUGUUUACCAGUCGACGGAAGUUAUUAUUAACAAUAAAAAUUGUGCCAAUUCUGAGGAAUUGAUAUUAAAAGCUGGUUGUUGCAAAAUAGAAAAUAAGAAUAAACAAAAAAAUAAAAUUGCUGAAUUGCA